AUGCAGUCAUCUACAGCAUUUGCAGCGCCUCCACCAGCUCCACCUUCCAUACCUUCAUCAUCUUCGACAUCUGCACGUUAUUCUAGCUCCAUAGGGAUCGGAGCGCCAUCAUCUGCAGGUCCUUCAACCCAACCUAGAGAUUCACGCAUACCAUCUUCAGCAUCAUCCCAUGUUCCAUCAUUACAGCAACAAUUGUUCAAGGGAACCAGCAUCCCGACACCUAGCGCUGGAAUUUUGGAUAGAUCCUUGAACCGGACAAAGGGGGCCGAAGUCGCUCUGAACGCGUUCGCAUUUAUGCUGUCGGAAAUCGUGAGCUAUAGUCAGACAAGGAGUGAUAGCGUUUUGGAUCUGGAGAAGAGAUUGUCUUCCCUGGGAUACGAAGCAGGCACCAGAAUACUCAGUUUGAUCCUCUUACGCAACACGCAAGCGGCAGGGGUUAAAGACCCAAAACGAGAACACCGUCUCAUCCCGAUCCUGCAAUUUGUGCACACCCAUGUGUACAAGUUCUGCUUCGGUAAAGCUGCAGAUGGGUUGGAGAAGAGUGUAGAAGGCGAGGACGAAUACAUGUUGUCGAUGAAUCAACCACCGUUGACUCAGCACAUUUCCAUACCGAAGGACAUGUCCCAGUUGUCAUGCGAGGCAUUCACAGCGGGCAUAGUCGAGGGCGUUCUGGAUGGACUCGAUGUACCCGCUCGUGUUACCGCACACACGGUACCCAACGAUCAAUACCCCCAACGGACAGUCAUCCUUAUCAAGCUCGACAGGAGAGUCAUGGAUAGAGAGGAAGUGCUUGGCAAGUAA